AUGGACCAGCUUUCGGCACCAUCCAAUUUAAAAAAGAGUCCUUCAAGCAUUAUACAGAAUGCUUCAAAAUAUAAAAACAUAUUCUCAUCGACGCCAACAAAAACGCUAUACACGCAUCUCAAGAUAGACGGAACUGCAACAACGAAACUCAAGUGCAAUGAAUUGUUCUUUUCAGUGCCUUUUGGCACUGGGAGUAUCGGAGUAUUUCCAAUUCCACGUACUUCCGUUGUGGAAACCAUCAAAAUCGAAAGCUCUGCACCGCUGUUACUGCUCCAUGGAAGACAAUUACAGGACUAUGAAUUUUCUCCGCUUGAGCCGACCAUUAUUGCCUCUUCAACUCGGUCAGAUGGUGUCGUGCGGCUGUGGAAAAUACCAACAGAUAUUAGUACGCAUCCAGUUGGCAGAGAAAUAGAUGCUGCAACCAUAUAUUUGGCUGCACAUGAAAGGAAAGUGGAGUUGAUAAAGUUUCAUCCAACUGUCGGCAACAUCUUGGCCACAAGUUCAGCUGACUCUACGAUCCGUCUGUGGGACAUUGAACACAUGCAAGAUCGACUAGCGCUGACUUGUCCCAACGACACCGUAGCGCAAAGUAUCAGCUUCGACUACUGUGGGGACAUGGUAACCGCGAUCACUUCUGCGGGAGUUCUUGUGGUGUACGAUCCCCGCGCAAGCACCGAUCCCGUCUACACCACGCAAGCAGAUCAUGUAGCCUCCAAACCCUGUCGAACUUGUUGGCUUGCGCCCGAUCCCACUGUUGUGACAACGGGCUUCAACAAGCAGAGUGCCCGUGAGAUUGCGGUCUGGGACACAAGAAGCUUGCAAAAACCCAUUCAGGUGCUCGAGACUACGGGAACCGGUGUCGGGGUACUGCAGCCGUUUUGGGAUCCUGCUCUCCCGUUAGUGUACUUUGGGUCGAAAGGCGAGGGCAUAAGGGUGUACGAGUUAAUGGAAGGGACGUUGAAAUAUGUAAAUGCUGUAAAGGUCGAAAAACAAGCGACAGCGGUAGAACUUCUGCCUAAACCCCUUUGUGAUAGUCGGAAAUGCGAAAUCGCCAGAUUCUUGAGACUAGGUACGGACAACGCGGUAGAAACAACCUCCAUUCAUGUGCCACGAGUUGACGGCGAAAAGACCUUUCAAGCCGAUUUAUACCCGCCAAUACCUAUAGUCAACCCGGCAGCGAGCUCCCAUCAAUGGUUUGAUGCCGGUGAUUCCAUCGAACCGAUGAUGGUUGAUGUGGUCGCCCCUGAGCCUGUUCAGGUGACGGUAAUUUCAGCGCCGGACGACGAGGACGUGUUGAAAUUUCAAACAAAGGGAAGUGGCCCAACAGUUGAAGAAUUGCUAUUGCAAAGGAAAGACACUCUUCGACGGCAGAGUACGCAAAUACGUCGCGCUCCAACUGCAAAAUCUCAUCCCAUCAGCCGAUCAAGUUCAGGUGCUUCGCUGUCGGCCCUGGGAUCCACGCAAUCUGAACCUUCUCAAGCUACUACUACCGUUUAUCUAGACGGAACAAUCGAUAUUGAGCGCAGAGGGUGGUUUGGAACCGUAUGGGAGCGGCACUAUCUUUCGCUGAAAAAAUCACGUCUGUACGUGGGUUUGGAUCAGGACGCAGAAAUGCCCCUGUAUUUUAUUCCCUUGGCCAGCAUUCGAAAGCUUGAUGUGUUCAGUCUUGGGCCAGAUAGGGGGGAUGGAUCACAUCAUCUGGGACUCGUUAUUGAGACUUCAGAAAGGGUCUGGAGGUUCAAGGCCGGGUCAAAACCAGAACGGGAUAUGUGGUUCAAUACGUUGACAUCCCUGCUAACGGUUCAGGGAUCGCUUGGCGUGAGUAGUGCUCCACUCCCUUCAUUACCGAAGAAAGAGUCGCAGACUCGGUUGGCGAAUCGGUCGUCGACUCUGGUCGUCGGAAAUAGGGAAGGGGCAUCUUUGAUUGGAAAUAUACAGUGUCUCAUCUCCAGCGGUCCAAGUUCGAGGCCUAGUAAACCCACUUGGACUGCACGCUUUGCCGUGCUGGAUGAAGAAGGUCUCCUUCACUUGUACCCACCAGACAUAAAAGCAUAUACCGAAAAUAAGCCGCCCCUCGAAAGCUUCAACCUUAGUGCAGCAAUCUCUGUGAGGCUGGCUGACUUGUCAUCAGACACAACCCCACUUGACCUACUUGCUGACAGUCAGAUACACACCAGCAACCUCACAUGCUUCCAAAUAAACACCACAAAGCGUAAAUUAUUGUUUCGGUCGCGAAAUGCACAUGAAGCAGCGAAUUGGGUCUUGCAAAUUCGGAGGGUGGUCGUCAGCAAGGGAUUUGUUCCCGCCAAGGAGAUUGUGAGCGACGACGUUCUUGAGGGUUGGGUGGAAGUAAAAAGUGGAGGUGAGCGGGUUAAACUCGCUCCUCGGAGAUAUUGGUUGGAAGUGAUUGAUGGGACCUUCUAUUAUUUUGAUGAAAGGACCAGUACGUCGGCUAGUAGCGUUAUCCCUGCGAGCGCAUUUGAUGACAUUAGUAACGAUGAAGCAAUCGCAAGUACAUCCGGUGCUCAUCAGAUUCUCGAUACCGCAUCGUUUGUCCUGCACUUUAUUCCGGAUGUCACCUGCAUUCACGUAACAUCAUCCAUCGACAAGCGCAAUGCAUGGGUCGACGGCCUUUCCCGCAUUCGAAUGGCAUCAUACGAUCUCCUCGGACGGAUAGGCUUAAAUACGGACAAUAUCCUUCGAGACGACAUGGCGAAAGCGAAAGCUGAUGAACAACGCGGGGUGGAUUUGAAAGAUGAAGCGGAUCGCGUGGAAUUCGUUGACGAAAAGAGGAUUGAAAGGGGGGAACAAAAGGUCCUUAUUGGAGUCUAUGGGAAGGUGAAAUUGGUAAUAUCCGGCAUACAUUGUAACGUGAGGAGCCUAAAAGCAGAUGGGGCUUUUGUACUAGAUACGGGAAUGACCAUCUACCACUGGAAUGGUCCAGCGUCAUCUCGCGUCUGUCGUGCACGCGCGAUGGACGUUGCAACAAGGAUUCGAAAGCUUCGGGCAAACCGUCCUCGUGUACUUCUUGUUGAGCCUGACGAUAAGGAGCUCAUGACAGUUUUUUUCAAUCAUCUUGGCGCUUCAUUGCCUAUACAAUCACCCUUUCCUCCUAGUGAUGGAAAUAUUUCAGCUCUUAUUCGGGUUUUCAAGAUUGUCGAUUCAGAUUUGCGUCGGAGAAAAGUGAAAUUUAUAUACCAAGGAGGAAGUCCAAGUCGGAAAAUGUUAGAAAGUGAAAAGGUGUUUAUAGUUUUGGCUGCAAGCGAAGUCUUCCUCUGGAUUGGAUGUAAGGCCGGUAGUGAGGAGAGGGCGCUGGGAUCGGUAGUGGCAAGAAGAGCAGCAAGAUGGAUAAGAGACUCAUUGAAUGAGGGAGCUGUUCUGGUGAGGAAGGAGUACGAGGAAAGAGAAUCAGCUAUAUGGAAGGAAAAGUUUAUCGACUAUGAAGGAUCCCUUCCUAUCAGUAUGCGCAUUGAUGUGGAAACAAAGGGUAACAUUGCGCCAGCUCUCGAGCAACCACCCAUCUCUAUUCCCUCGCUGCUCGCUCGCUCUCCGCUGCCCGCGCACCUGAUCGCACUGCCGGAAACCACCCAAUGUGGCCGUCUCAGCAUUUAUCGCGUUGAGAACUUUGUCCGACAUCCCAUUCCCACCGCACUUCAAGGCCAAUUCUUUCGAUCGGAAAGCUACGUCUCUCUCUACUCUUAUAGGCCUCCCACAAGCGGCGUGGAGAAAUGUAUCAGUUACUUUUGGCAGGGAGGUCUGAGUUCCGUUACUCAGAAAGGAACGAGUGCAUUGAUGACGAUUGAAUUGAGCGACGGGAUUGCGGGUGACGUACAGCAUAUCAGAGUUGUCGAGGGCAAGGAGCCUAAGCACUUGUGCCUUCUUUUUGGAGAGCUCGGUUUUGUGAUUCGGUUGGGUUCUCCGCCUGGAAAGCAGGUAGCCGAAACCGAUCCUCUCAUCUUUGACAUACGUGAGUGCUAUGAAGGCAUAUGUAAAGCUAUUGAAACAGAAUCUGCCGACCUUACCCUCAAUAGCAACCAUUGUUAUCUCAUCCUUUUUCCUGCAAUAUCUUAUAUCUGGACCGGUCAGCACUCGCUUUUGUCUGAACGAACGUUUGCGGAGCAGGUGGCGCAACGUUACUGUGUCAAAGGGACAAAGCAUAUUCCUGUCAAAGAGAGCGAUAUACUACCUAAGGCGCUGCAAGAUUUGCUAGGUCAGCAUCAUAUUUCAAUCCGGCCUACAACAAGCUUGGACAGAAGAUAUCUUGCCAGGCUGUUCUCAUGCUCAUCUGGGAGUGGAGUGGUCCAGAUUGAGGAAAUCCCACUAUUUGUCCAGGAAGACCUCGACCCCAAUAUUGUCCAUAUAUUGGAUACAUUCUCAACUAUAUUUGUACGGUUCGGUACUUCCGCUAAGGUCAAUGAAAAGAUCAUUGGCAUGGAAACUGCACUGCAAUACCUCGAGCAAUCUACACUCCAUGACAAGCAACGGACAGCGCUGCUCGUUACCUUUGCACAUCAAGAGCCCGCUGACUUCACCAGACACUUUUAUGGAUGGACCAGACAAAAGAUUCCAAAGGACAAGAGGGAUCUCCCCAAAAAGACACGUCCCCUUCCUGAGGUUCUGGCAGAAUACAAUCGCGAAACGUACCCGCUUGAGGUGUUGCUCAGUGAGCAUCUACCUGAACAUUUGGACCCCACUAAACUGGAGAUGUACCUAUCGGAGGAAGACUUUGAGGCGUUAUUUAAAAUGCAAAAAGGCGAAUAUGUAUCACUACAGCCGUGGAAGCGUGAAAAAGUGAAGAAGCAGGUUGGAGUGUUCUAAAGCGGAAUGUAACUCACUGGCAAAGCAAAAAGCCAUUGGAUAAAAUGUACUUAGAAUGAUUUUCUUAUCGCAUCUUGACCCUCCCGCCUACAUAUUCC